ACAACUCUGACCGGUUUCACUUCCCAAUAAUUCUACAACUAACAGUGUGCAAGACUGUCAAUAAUUCUAAUUCUAAUUUGUCUUGGUUAAACUAGUAUUUGUGGAAUAUAAACAACUUCCAGAAAAAAAGAUGACGCAAAAAGAUGUAUGCAGGUUUUUCGCCGCAUCCAGAAAAUACUUCACCGAUGGUGAAACAUUUCUAACUAUAAUUGCUCUUGGUUCACAUAACCAUUUAUCAUAUCGCGUGUCCGAAGCAAAACUUGAAAGGAAUGGGAUCAAAUUGGGAGAUUUUCUGACAGCCGUUGUGCCACUUGGACAACCAAUUCAUAGCUUUCGCAAAAUGGAACACACACUUGAAGUAAAAGUAUUCAACUCGAUGAAUUAUGCACAAAUUGAAAAAAUCACUGGUACUGUUGAAAAAAAUAAACAUGGAAUAUCUGUUUUCAACACAAAACAUUUUGGACAAGUCGGAUGUCUUGAUCAAAAUAUUCCCUUUGGAAUCCAUAAAAUUGUUUUGAGAGCAACGACUUCGAAUGAAAAAAGUUUUCUCGAUAAUCUGAAUUUUGGCGCAUUCGUGCAAGGAAACUAUGAAACAAAUCUAUCGGAAACUAAGUUCAUAAAUACAAAUGUAGGUGGUCAAAGCACGAAAAAUGAAUCCAAAAUGGAGUACAUUACUGAACUGGAAAAGGAAAUGGCUAAGAUGAAAGCUAUACAAUAUGAAAAUGAAAAAAUUUUUGCCAAGCCCCCAAUCCCAUUACCAAGGUCAGCUAGUAAACCAGUGGAAAAACGACAAGAAAUGAUGAAGGCAUUUGUAUAUAAUGUUACUUUGAAGGAUAAUAAGAACAAUUACUUUUUAUGGAUUUGUGAUAAGAAAGAGAAAUCAAUUUUAAUAUCAGAUGAGAAAUCUUUACAACUCGGGCAUUUCUUUGAAGGAAUUUUUGAAGAAACGUCAAGUGAAAAUAUGAAUUGGAUCUGUAUCAGAUAUGUCAAAGAAACCAACGAAUUUCUCCAAGGAGAGAUUGUUGGAAACAAAAUUCAAGUGAAAACGGCUUUAAGCAAAUUUCAACCAACGCCAAGGAACUUUGUAGAGCACAUUGGGUUUAUUGUCACAAAUGUCCGGGCUAAGCUUAACCUUGUUGGGAAAGAUUUGAUAUUCCAAAAUAACUUGUUUGGUGAUGCAAUUUGCAGAAGUUGUGAGCAACUGGAUGAUUACAUAAUUUCAAUUAAAUUAUUGCCAAAGCCUGUCAUAACAUCAAUUGGAAAAAUAAUAUAUUUUGAAGCAAAUGAAAUCAAGAAAAAUCAACCAAUGUCAUCAGAGACUCAAGGCCAGAGAGAAAAAGUUUUAGGGACUGGAUUCCAAAAGAAGACUGAAAAAGUGAUGAAUCAAAGAGCUGUGGUUCUCAAAUUUGUUGAAAAUCGGUACUAUGUGUGGAACAUAGACUUGAAAAAAGAGUGCGUGCUCAAGUUUGACGAGUACCCAUUGGAAAAAGGCCAUUUUUUUGUUGGAGAUUUUGUGGAUUGUAAAACGGGAAAAUGGAUUUGUAUCAAAUACGUGAAACCAAUUGAUGGAUUCAUUGAUGGAGGACUCAAUGUUCGUGAAAAUAUUUAUUUCACUAUUACGCUUGAACAGUUUCCAACUACAGAAGAUGCUAAUAGAAGAGGUUCUGCAUUUUCUGAAUAUUUCGGAGAAGUUUUCGACGGAAAGUAUGCAAAUACUAAAAUAACCAAAGAAUUGAUUGGAAGAAAAGCAAAUGUUGAACGGCGAUCUAUUGCAAGAGGGGAAUACGUUUGGACGGUCGUCAAAACAUUCCCACCAGAAGCCAAACCCUUAAGCAGUAUUACCAAACUGUGAUAAUUUUCCCUCAUUUUUGUUAAAUAUGCAGAAAUUACUUUAAAACGGAAAUAAACUGUUUUCAAUGUUGUUGCCAUAAAAUAAAAGUUGUAAUAAUGACCGU